AUGGCAGAUAGUGAGUCGGACGUCAGAGCCGUACAGCUCUGUAAUAGGCUUGUCGAGCUUUUGUACAGUAGUAGCGCCGUCUUUACCGUCAGCCAAAUUGCUCUUAUUCUCGGGGUUGAUGAGGCGAGGGUUGUGCAUGAGCUCAAACGUUCUAAUUUCCGAGAUAUUGUGUACGAUAAGGAGGAGGGAACUGUGCAGAUGCGGGGUCACCGCCGCACUCCACCCUCAGAAACUACUGUCGGAGGUGGCAUGCUUACAUCACGCAUUAUGAGAAGGGACUCGAGCUUCUUUGAGUCUCAGCAUGCCAAGUACGGUAGCGACGGGUACAACCGCAGUAUGGUAAGUACGAGGGGCGGGGGACGUGUGGUCUCCACAAAGAGUGCUCUUCGCAAGACGAAGUAUCGUCGCCCAUUUACCGCGGACGCUGUCAGUGUUGAUAACAUGGAGAACACCUCACCGGUGGGGCGUGUCGGGUACGUGUGCGUUGCCGACGAGUUCAACCUUAGCGGGUUGGAGGCGUACUAUCGUGCACAGGGAUAUUAUACCAAGUUUGAUUUUGAUGUUUUGCAUAUACGCUUCUCUGACAAGGAAAUGGGUUCAAGAAUUCCACGUAAAGCUGCUGUCCACGCUACAAGGAGCCAGGCGGCUACUAGUAACCCCACUGCUUCUGGAGGAACAUGCGGGACCCGUACUGCGGAUAGUAACAACAAUGAAAACAACGGCAAUAAUAAUAAUAAUAAUAUUAAUAAUGGAGGUGAAAAGGCGGUUGAUCGAUCAUCGAUGCUUGUUGCUAAGAAUCCUCGCAAGGCGGGGUUUGAUUUAUUUGUAUUUGAGUACGGUGCAAUUGUCUGGUGGGGAUUUGAGCAGCGCUACUUUAAAAUUGUUGAGAACGAUUUUAUGCUUCCAAACAGUGCCAUUGCAGAGUUUAUGGAAAAUCGCUACAUGACCCAGCUUGUUAGCGAGAACUAUCCUGUGUGGUGUACUUACACUCUUGAAAGAAAGGAGACACUGGAGCCGGAUGAACACUUCCGGGAGAGGCUGCGUUUUGAUCACUUUAUCAUACCCUUCGGACGUGGAGACAUGGAUACCGGUAACGUUAGCAUGUUGUGCGCGUCACACGCCCUUGCGCAGUCAGCGAAGAUUGACUACCUGGAGCUCAAGGUGCAAGAGCUUGCCGAGAACUGCUCCCCGUUACCGCGUGACUUGCGCGAAAAAGGGCAGGUCAGCAUUACAGAACGUCGUUUGUUGCAACUUCGUGGUGAGGUGCUUUCCUACCGUCUUAUGCUAAAAAGUGGCUCAAACCUCAUGGAUGAGCCCGAUUUCUUUUGGGAAAAUGCCUACCUGAAACCCGUGUUUCAGGCGACGAAGGAGUGCUUUGAGAUCAGCGAGCGUGUGGAGGCGCUGGAUAAUAAACUGGACGCUGCAAACGAGAUUCUCUCUAUCCUGGCUGAGGAGUUCUCCCAGCGUCACGGUGCCCGACUCGAGUGGAUCGUUAUUUGGCUCGUGUUGGCAGAAGUUGUCAUUGGUGUGCUUGAAUUGGUGAUCAAUGUAAAACCAUGGUUUUACCGAAGGGUGUAG